CCUCACCAGGCUCCAGAUCUCCACACCACGACGCGGAUCACCAGGUCUCCGCCCGUGACCUCGAGUGUGCAGGAGAUGGCCGGCGCCGACGGCAGCCAGCGGCGGCCCUGGGACCUCUCGCGGCGGGCCGCCUCCUUCCUGCGCAUGGCGCGGCUGGCGCUCGCCGGCGCCGCUCCGGCGCAACUGCUCGCGGAAGAGGAGAAGAUCGGCGGCGGCCACAUCUGCGACCCGUACUACAAGAGCAUCAGCACGGAGGACGACUGGGAAUCCGACGGGCUUUGGCUGGAGGAGGACGAAUCGGAGCUGCUCGAGGAUGGGUCAACGGCGAGAGGCGUGUCGUCUGAGAUCAGCACUCCUGGUAGUGGUCCUCUGAACAAGAGGUCUCAGUUCAUCAGGCACCACCGGCCUGCGACGGCCGGUGCGGCGCUUCGUCCGGAGAAUAAUGCCGCGGCGGCGGCGGUGGCGGAGGACUCGUCGUCGGAGCCGCUGGUGCCGCGCCGCCCCGCGAAGCGGGCGAACGACGCCGAGAUGGUUCACCAUCCUUUCGGGUGCGAUCGCCGAGGGAGCGAGUCGUCGUCGUUGCUGCUUGUUUCUUCCUAAUCUCCUCGUCUGGCUGGAGCAAAGGAUGCAGCCGGUUGCUCGAGUCCGAGAAGCGAAAAAAAAUUGUUCCUAAAAUUAUAUGCAGGGAGCGAGGUAUCAAAA